AUGGUUUCUAGUGAGAUCAUUUCAGGCCUGACAGCUGGGUUCAUAACAACCUCAGUGACACAUCCAUUGGACCUUCUGAAAAUACGGCUUCAACUUGAUACCUCAAACAAGUCGUUUACACAGGCAUCGAGGUCAAUAAUAUCACAGUUGCGACAAGAUUCUGCUCUGCAGACGGUUAAAGAAGCAUAUAGAGGGAUCGUACCCAAUCUUAUAGGCUCUUCGGUGGCAUGGGGUGUGUAUUUUGCAAGUUACAGAUAUGCAAAGGACAUCUUCCACACGUAUUCAACGAUAACUACAAAGAAAGACUCCAAUUUGAAGUCAUGGCAGUACAUGGGAUCUGCGUUGGCUGCUGGCUCCUUCACGGCACUGAUUACAAACCCGAUAUGGGUCCUGAAGACAAGAAUCCUGAGUACGAGCAAGGACUCGAAAGGUGCCUAUAAGGGUCUCCUGGACGGUGUGGUUAGGCUAGUCAAAGAAGACGGUAUUAAGGGCUUCUACAAGGGCUUGAUACCCAGUCUCCUCGGUGUAUCACAAGGUGCACUACAGUUCACCAUCUACGACACCAUGAAAUACCAGUGGCUAGGCCAUGAAGAUAGAGCCUCUGGGUUAUCAAUAUCGGAAUUUCUCAGUAUAAGCGGCGCAUCAAAGAUCAUCGCAACAGUUGUAUUAUACCCAUGCCAAGUUACGAAAUCUAGAUUGCAGAAUUACGGCGCAACAUCGACUUUCUCACAAGUUGUAUACCAGAUCUAUACGAGGGAAGGCAUCAGAGGGUUCUGGAAGGGUGUUUGGAUGAACGUCAUUAGGGUAUUGCCUGCAACGUGCAUCACCUUUGUAGUCUACGAGCAGAUGAACAAGCUCUGA